CAAUUGUCUCACCAGUGGACUGCAUCUCUAUUCGCAAAGGCCUUCUUGGUUUCAAAGUAGAUGCUGUAUCUCUUGUUCCGGUGAUUAUCUUCUUCAGAUGCAAUAACUUGGGUAUGUCAAUGUGUGUGUAUCAUCAGGGCCGGGUGGAUUGCAAGAGUGAGUGUAAGUACAUGUUCUGGUAUAAUCAUAUGAAGAAAUUGCCAAAUCCGAAUAACAAAAAUCAAGGGAUGAGAGAAUUCUCAUAACUGUAAGAGAGGAAAAAGGACCCACUUCUCUAAUUUAGUUUGACCACAUUUAUAAAAAGAUAAAUAAAUAAACAAAAUUAAAAUUGAAGGAAAAUUGAGACAGCUCCUCCACUUUUCACUCCCACAAGAUCGCUUCUUCUUCUUCUUCUUCCGCUCUGCGUGUGUUGUCGUUGUUGUUGUUUAAGAGUUACUGCUUUGCUGAAAAAAAGCAUAAGAAAAAAAAUGUCAAAGUUUUGUAAUCAGACGAGAGCAGCGACGUCUCUCAUCAGACGCCUCAAUCGGAGACGCAUCAAUCCAACGUCUCUCGCUCGCCCCAGAUGUUUCACCACGGCGGAGGGUCACCGUCCCACUCUCGUCCACAAACGCAGCCUCGACAUCCUUCAUGAUCCUUGGUUCAAUAAGGGAACAGCAUUUUCCAUGACGGAGCGAGAUCGUCUGGAUCUUCGUGGCCUUCUUCCUCCAAAUAUAAUGUCUUCCGAACAGCAAAUUGAACGCUUCAUGGUUGAUUUGAAGAGGCUUGAAGUUCAAGCUAGAGAUGGACCAUCUGAUCCAAAUGCUCUUGCCAAAUGGCGGAUUCUUAACCGCUUGCAUGACAGAAAUGAGACUAUGUACUAUAAGGUUCUAAUUGCUAACAUUGAGGAAUAUGCUCCUGUAGUUUAUACUCCAACCGUCGGUCUUGUUUGCCAGAACUAUAGUGGUCUGUUUAGGAGGCCUCGUGGAAUGUACUUUAGUGCAGAAGAUCGUGGAGAAAUGAUGUCUAUGGUUUACAACUGGCCAGCUGAUCAGGUUGAUAUGAUUGUUGUUACGGAUGGAAGCCGAAUAUUGGGUCUUGGAGACCUUGGAGUUCAGGGAAUUGGAAUUGCUAUAGGGAAGCUGGAUCUGUAUGUUGCUGCUGCUGGGAUCAAUCCUCAGAGGGUGCUUCCUGUCAUGAUUGAUGUUGGAACUAACAAUGAGAAGUUGCUUAAAGAUCCCUUGUAUCUGGGGCUUCAACAACACCGUCUUGAUGGUGAUGAGUAUAUUGCGGUAAUCGAUGAAUUCAUGGAGGCUGUUUUUACUCGUUGGCCGCAUGUGAUUGUGCAGUUUGAAGACUUCCAGAGCAAGUGGGCCUUCAAGUUAUUGCAGCGUUACAGAAAUACAUACAGGAUGUUCAAUGAUGAUGUCCAGGGAACAGCUGGGGUUGCAAUUGCUGGUCUUCUUGGAGCUGUAAGAGCACAGGGAAGGUCAAUGAUUGACUUUCCUAAGCAAAAGAUCGUUGUUGCUGGUGCUGGAAGUGCAGGAAUAGGGGUUCUCAAUGCUGCAAGGAAAACAAUGGCCAGGAUGUUAGGAAAUAACGAGGCUGCCUUUGAUAGUGCAAAGAGACAAUUCUGGGUUGUUGAUGCCAAUGGUCUUAUCACAGAGGAACGUGAAAAUAUUGAUCCAGAGGCCCUGCCAUUUGCAAGGAAAAUCAAAGAAGCUGGUCGUCAGGGAUUAAGAGAGGGUGCAAGUCUUGUAGAAGUGGUGCAGCAAGUGAAGCCUGAUGUGCUUCUUGGGUUAUCUGCAGUUGGAGGAUUGUUCUCCAACGAGGUGUUAGAAGCUCUCAAAGGUUCGACUUCAACUAGACCAGCCAUCUUUGCGAUGUCAAAUCCUACAAAAAAUGCUGAGUGCACCCCAGAGGAAGCUUUCUCAAUUGUAGGUGACAACAUUAUAUUUGCAAGUGGAAGUCCAUUUAGAGAUGUUGAUCUUGGAAGUGGCCGAGUUGGGCAUUGCAAUCAAGGAAACAACAUGUAUCUCUUUCCAGGUAUUGGACUUGGAACUCUUCUAUCUGGCUCUAGGAUCAUUUCAGAUGGCAUGCUACAGGCUGCAGCGGAACGUCUGGCUGCAUACAUGACUGAAGAGGAGGUUCUCAUGGGGAUCAUAUACCCUCCAAUAUCAAAAAUAAGAGAUAUAACAAAGGAGGUAGCUGCAGCAGUGGUUAAGGAAGCUUUGGAAGAGGAUCUCGCAGAAGGAUAUCGUGACAUUGAUGCUCGAGAACUCCAAAAAAUCUGUCGGAGCCAGGAGGAACUUUUAGAAUACGUGCAGAACAACAUGUGGAGUCCAGAAUACCCGACUCUAGUUUACGCGAAGGUUUAGUUGGCUGACCCCAAUCAAAAGAGUUUCUGCACCAAAUAACCAGCAAAGCUAUUAAUGAAAGAAUCAAGCAUGCGGUGUUGGCACUUAACGCUAGACCAAACAAGUAGCAGCUUUCUUCUACAUACUGCAUCUCUUUGGUCAGAUAAAUUCAUUAGAUGGUGUGUGAUACAUUAAUUGUGCCUGUGGGCACUUUUUAUGUUGUAUUGAAAAUGAAUACAGCUAAUCGGCAUUGAAUUUUUAA